AUGACGCCUACGUCUCUCCUGACUCUUCCACCGGAGCUUCAGCUCACGAUUGUCGAGAAUAUCGAUUCACCGAGGUACCUCAACGCGCUCAGUCAAACAUGCAAGCAACUAUAUCCGAUCAUAACCCCCAUCCUUUACGGCGACGAGAUCAAGAACAAUUACUCCGGGGCGCUAUUCUGGGCCGCGCGGAAUAAUUCACCGGGCACCAUCGAGCGAAUGCUAAGCCACGGGGCCAGCGUGGAUUCGGAAGACGGACAUUCCCCAGCGUCCGCGAUGAUCACCAAAAUCAGACACCACCCGACAGCUCUCAUGUACGCAGCGAGCAACGGACACAUUGAGUCCGCAAGGACUCUUCUUAAGCAUGGGGCUGAUGCCUACAAAUACACAAGGAACGACUAUGGGGCGGGGCGUGGACCAGCUCUCGUCGAAGCUGCAAAGGGGGGAAUGAAACCAAUGAAUGCGCUUGAAGCCGCAAUAGUGGAGGGUCACAGUCAUACUGUCCAGGCCCUGCUGAAUCAUGGUGCAGACAUCGAACGCAUCGCUCUCCAUUCUCCUUUGAUUACAGCUGUGGUUGCUGGCAAUAUCAGUGCUAUCACUGUUCUGCUGGUGAAUGGGGCUAAAAUUGAUGCCGCCUAUUGCUAUGAUGCAAACACAGCGCUCGUAUCAGCAAUCAAUGCCCGACAAAUAGAGAUUGUUCGUUUGCUGCUGCAUUGGGGCGCAAAUGUCCAUGAAGGCUAUCCGUCCGAUUUCACGCCAUUGGAAGCCGCGGAGGGACAGAUGAAUAUGAUAAAGCUACUUGUCAGAUAUGGUGCUGAUCCAGCUCGGUUAUCGGAAGCAGAUAGGGAGCGCUUGGAGGCAGAGAAGGCAAAGGAGGCAGCCCGAUGGGAGGAACACCAUUGA